ACUUACAACAAAAUCCAAGCACAAGACAUCUUUUUUUUCUUUUCUCAAUAUGUGCACGUGAAACCCCAAUAAUUCCUCAUGCACAAGUGGGGUAUACAAAGACAGCACUUCCUCUUUUGUUCUCAUGCCAAAUUCCACAAACUCAGAAUCUCCUCUCUUUUUCCUCUCUCACUCUCAAAUGUUUCUUCUUAAUUAGUCUUACUACUUCCCUUCAAUUUUUCUCUUACUCUUGUCACAAAUUCAUGGCUAUGAACAUAGCUUUGUUGCAAUUUUUUCUGUCCUUUGUUUCCUUUUACUUCAUUAUAUCAAAUGGGGUUUGUUCAUUUGAACAGAAGAACAUUUUCAAAGUGGAAAUGUUGCAGAGGAAGCAUCAAUUUGGUAGCAAGAGUUGCAUCCUUCCAGAAUCAAGAAAGGAGAAAGGAGCUAUUAUCCUAGAAAUGAAGGAUAGAGGUUAUUGCUCAAAGAGGAAAAUCAAUUGGAACAGAAAGCUUCAGAAACAGUUAGUAUUAGAUAAUCUCCGUGUCCAUUCGAUGCAAAACAGGAUUCGGUCAAAGGUCUCUAACCACAGUUUAGAACAAUCAUCAGAAAUCCAAAUUCCAUUAGCUUCUGGUAUAAAUUUGGAAACCUUAAACUACAUUGUGACAAUGGGAUUAGGUAAUCAGAACACGACUGUGAUAAUCGAUACCGGAAGUGACUUAACAUGGGUUCAAUGUGAUCCAUGUAUGUCAUGUUAUAAUCAACAAGGACCUGUAUUCAACCCUUCAAAUUCCUCUUCCUAUAAAUCAUUACUGUGCAAUUCAUCAACAUGUCAAAAUCUUCAAUCUGCUACAGGAAAUACAGAAGCAUGUGAAUUUAAUAAUCCAUCAAGCUGUAACUAUUCUGUUAACUAUGGUGAUGGAUCAUUUACUGAUGGAGAGCUAGGAGUUGAGCACCUUAGUUUUGGAGGUAUUUCAGUGAGUAAUUUUGUAUUUGGUUGUGGUAGGAACAAUAAAGGUUUAUUUGGUGGAGUUUCUGGUCUAAUGGGAUUAGGAAGAAGUAAUCUUUCAUUGAUAUCUCAAACCAAUACUACAUUUGGAGGAGUUUUCUCCUACUGUUUACCAACAACAGAAAAUGGAGCUUCUGGAUCAUUAGUUAUAGGUAACGGGACAUCGGCUUACAAAAAUCUUACUCCAAUUGCUUACACAAAGAUGGUUUCGAAUCCGCAGUUAUCAAACUUUUAUAUACUCAAUCUCACCGGCAUAGAUAUUGGCGGUGUGGCUCUGCAAGAUACAAGCUUUGGCAAUGGUGGCAUUCUAAUUGACUCGGGGACGAUAAUCACAAGACUAGCUCCAUCUCUCUACAAUGCUUUAAAGGCAGAGUUUUUGAAACAGUUUACUGGUUACCCUGUUGCACCAGGGAUUUCAAUAUUGGAUACCUGUUUUAAUCUCACCGGGGUUGAGGAAGUUAGCGUACCUAACUUAAGUAUGCAUUUUGAAGACAAUGUUGAGCUGAAUGUUGAUGAAACUGGUAUAUUGUAUAUGACAAAAGAUAAUUCACAAGUUUGUUUGGCACUUGCAAGUCUUUCUGAUGAAAAUGACAUGGCUAUCAUUGGGAAUUAUCAGCAAAGGAAUCAGAGGGUUAUUUAUGAUGCCAAACAGUCCAUAAUUGGAUUUGCAAGGGAGGAAUGUAGUUUCACUUGAGUAGAAAAUUUUGCUAUAAUAGUGUCUUAUAUGGACACAAUUCUUCAUAGCAGAAUUAAGCAAAUGGUUUCUGCGAAAAAAUACUUCCAGUUUUUUCUACUCUGAAUAUUUUAUAUAUAUACACUAUCAUAAGAAUGACAUUUAUCAGGUUUAUCCUAGGUAUAUCGUUCUAUUGGCUUAACUGUAUUUCACGAUUCAUUAUGAUUAAUGAAUUAUUUGAACAUCAGAAUCCCUUUAUUAGCAG